CUUUUGAGCUCGGAAUCUUCGGAACUAUUUUGCUACUAUGAUAGCUUUAAUAAUAUUUGCGCUGCAAAUUUUUAUUGCAAGUUCAAGCUCAGCAAUAAAUACUUCAAUGUAUUACCAAAUGCCAAAUAUGUACAAAUACGAUGACUACAAUGAGUGCUUAGGAAUUUUUAAUGACGAUGCUGUUUAUUGCAUAGCUAAUGUUAAAAUUCAGCAUAAUUCAUCAUCCGAACUAAAUAAUUUCAUUGUGGAAUAUUCUAGCAAUCACAAGCAGCAUUAUCGACAUGAUAAAUUGAAAAGAGGAUUAUGCGUGAACUAUUGUCUAAAGCUGAUUGGAAAUUUGUCUGAUAUCACACAAUACCAUACGCGUAUACUAAACAAUUCCUAUGGAUUGAGCUUUUUUAAUGCUGAAAUGUAUCGUGAAAAAUAUGAUGAAGUAGUUAAUACAUGCAUUAAUAUAGAAUUGAUUGAUAAAUUCGGAUUGAAAGGAUUUACUGAAGUUCAAAACUGUAUCGAUAAUGAGUAUCAGAACUAUAGAAAUAAUGCUAUUGAUUACCUUGAUAAAAUUGUGGCUAUUCUACUUGCAGUAAUUCUAUUUACAAUAAUUAGUUCCAGUCUAUUUGAUCGCUACUUGCGCAACACAAUUCACUUCAAUGACAAUUCAAAGCUUCACUAUCAAAGCUCAUUGCAAUCAAAAUCCCAUCAAAUAUUGACUUUGUUUUCUAUCCGUCGAAAUUGGUACAUUUUAUCUUGUGACUCCAAAGCUGAAUUUCAUGAUUUGAAAAUCUUUCAAUGGAUCAGAACAUUCACAUUCUGGUGUGUCAUUUUAGGACAUGUUCUACCCAUGAGCAUAGCAUUUCCAAUUUUAAACCCAAUUUAUAUUGAAGAUUUCUACUCAAAGCUCACGUCAAUGUUUGUUGUGAAUGGCAACAUAUUCGUGCAAUCAUUUUUCUUCAUGAGUGGCUUCCUAUCAGCAUACCUUUUCAUGCUCUACAGAGAGAAAGAUAAAUGCUCAAAUUGGAUAUUCUUCGUUAAAGCUAUAAUUUUUCGAUAUUUACGUCUUAUACCACUUUUGUUGUUUAUGAUGCUUCUGCAUGCAACAUGGCUUUAUCAUAUGGGUGACGGACCAUUUUGGGAUGAAAAUGUGCUUGAUGACCGUGAAUUUUGCCGUAAAAAUUGGUGGAUCAAUUUGAUUCUGUUGAGCAAUUACAUUGGAAUUGAUCAGAUUUGCAUGCUUCAUGGUUGGUAUCUGUCGGCUGAUUUCUGGUUGAGUGUUUUGGGAUAUGCGUGCUUGAUUUUGAUCUAUAAAUAUCCGUCGCUUAAAAACUGGAUAAUAUCAUCAGUUUUAGGACUAUCAAUAUUCCUAACAGGAUAUGUUGUGUACGUGAAUAAAUUCGAGCCAAUUUCCAUAGUUUCGCCUGAAGCCUUCAGAAAUCAUCUGAUACCAGUCGAACCAGAUGACCUUGACUACUUCCGACUGUAUUAUGCACCAACUCAUAUGAAUUUAGGAAGCUAUUUUGUAGGCAUAUUCGGAGGAUUAUGGUAUCGAGACAUAAGAGCUACAAAAGUUGAUUAUCGCAGACGUUUUUACUUCCGAUUCAUUUGGUACUGCUGCCUCUUAUUAGGAUUCGUUUUAGUUUUAUCUGGAUACCUCUUUUAUCAGUAUAACUUUGAGAAACCAUCAAUUUGGGUUUCAUUAGCCGCAAUCAUAAUUAGACAUAGCUGGGGUGUUAUCCUUGCCUUUGGCAUCAUUGGUGUUAUUUAUCAUCAUGGAUGGUUCACAAGAAAUUUGUUAAGCUACAAAGGAUUUAAAAUAUUGGGUAGAAUAUCUUAUGCUGGAUUUAUCUGUCACGUAUUCAUCCUUAAACUUCUCAUGAUGAGAACACAUCAAAUGAUGGAAAUAAGUAUGCAAAAUAUGUUUACAAUUACGAUUGCAUGCUUCGUACUUAGCAACUUUAUUGGAUUCUUUUUGACGCUUUGUAUUGAAAUUCCAAUAUCAUCCCUACUUAAGGUGCUUACAUUGAAGAGAACUGAGAGUGUUGAGAAAUUCAAUGAUUCAAAUGAUGAAAUUAAAUAAGAUUUAAAUUCUACAAUAAAUUUAAAUUACAGUAAUUAUG